AUGCCUUUCAACACAGCCCUUACCCGUAAGCUGGGUAUUCGUGUACCCGUUGUGCAGGGUGGUAUGCAGUGGGUGGGCUAUGCCGAGCUGGCCUCGGCCGUCAGCAACGCCGGUGGUCUCGGGUUGCUCACUGCCCUCACUCAACCGACCCCCGAAGACCUGCGCAAGGAGAUUCGACGAUGCCGCGAAAUGACCAAGUAUCCAUUUGGUGUCAACUUGACCCUUCUGCCGGCCAUGGUCCCCCCCGACUACGGCGCAUACGCCCAGGUUAUCAUUGACGAGGGUAUUAAAAUCGUCGAGACGGCUGGUAACAACCCUGGCCCUGUCAUUCAGCAGCUCAAGAAGGCCGGCGUUACCAUCCUCCACAAGUGUACCACCAUCCGCCAUGCCAAAUCUGCUGUCAAGCUGGGUGUUGAUUUCCUUUCGAUUGACGGCUUCGAGUGUGCUGGUCACGUCGGCGAGCACGACAUCACCAACUUCAUUCUGCUGAACCGCGCUCGCCAAGACCUGGGCGUUCCUUUCAUCGCGUCUGGUGGAUUUGCGGAUGGUUACGGUCUCGCUGCCGCGCUGGCGCUCGGUGCCGAGGGUAUCAACAUGGGUACCCGAUUCAUGAGCACUGUCGAGGCUCCUAUUCACCAAAACAUUAAGGAGACCAUCGUGAAGUCGCAAGAAACAGAUACUGCUCUGGUGUUGCGCCGGUGGAAGAACACGUCUCGUUUGUUCGCCAACAAGGUCACCCAGGAUGCACUCAAGAUUGAGAAGGAGAGCAAAACUGGCGACUUUUCUGAGAUUGGACCUUAUGUGAGCGGCCAGCGUGGUCGCCAGGUCUUCAUUAAUGGUGACCCCGACUAUGGUGUCUGGACCGCUGGUCAAGUCAUCGGCCUGAUCCACGAUAUCCCAACUUGUGAAGUGUUGCUCCGUCGUAUUGAGAAGGAGGCUCACGAGGCCAUGAGCCGCACUCAAAGCCUUUACACUGACGCCCCAAGUGCCAAGUUGUGA